CGUGCCCUCUCUCCACCCUCUCUCUCUUAUGCAUCAGCAGGAGGAACAGAUCCCAGCAGACGAGAAGAGGCGAGACACCCGAGGCAGACGGAGCAGCAGCAGAAGACAAGCAAAGCAUCAUGGACGUUUUCAAGAAGGGAUUCUCCAUGGCGAAGGAUGGAGUCGUCGCCGCCGCCGAGAAGACGAAGGCCGGAGUGGAGGAGGCAGCCACCAAGACCAAGGAGGGGGUCAUCUACGUUGGAAGUAAGACGAUGGAGGGAGUGGUGACAGGUGUGAACACAGUGGCUCAGAAGACGACCGAACAGGCUAACGUCGUGGCCGACACCGCUGUUUCUGGGGCCAAUGAGGUUGCCCAGGCAACGGUGCAGGGGGUGGAGAAUGCGGCAGCGGCAACCGGAUUCGUUAGCACGGUGAGUGACGUCAGCUUAUUAUCAAUGUUAAAUAUAAAUGAGAACCAAGGCGUCUCGCUUUUGUGUUGUUGUUAUUUUAUUUAUAUAGCCUGUUUGUUUUCCUCGUGUUACAGAUAAAGGUUAAACUUGUAUUACACAGUUAUUUAUUAUUACUUUGCACAUUAACAAAAUUACAAAAAUAUAUUUCUAAACCAAAUUUUGAAAGUCGUAACAGAAUUCAAAAAAAGAGAUUCACAUAAAGCAUUAGUUUC